CGUGCAACAGGCGACAGAUUUCAAACGCACGAAACAAAAGCGUACACAAAAAUCAUAUGACAAUCCAAGACUGUCACGAAGCCAUAAGGAAGCACAGAGAACAUUAUAUAGGCCUAAAGUAUUCGACAAUGGACGACGAACAACGUGUGUCACCUGUCUUCGAAAUGGAUACACUCCCAAAUAGUCUAAUAAUGGGAGAAUCGCGCAGCCAUUGUGCGCAUGAGCGCAGGAAAGUCGAGCCACUUGCAGAAGAACUACAAAGGGCCGAGUAAUGUGCCGCAAAGAGUGGAAAUCUUGGCAAAUAGUGUGGAAAAGCCAUUGAUAAUUAAAAUACACAGCAGUGUCAUCAAAAACUAUGAAUGAGAUCCAAUUAGCCUAUUCGGAGCUACUUUAAAGUGGUUAAACUUACCUCAGACUUUACCUUCGAUUACGAGACACUUCCGCCGGACAUUUAGAAGGUUGCAUGGUACACUGGACUUGACGCAUGGCAGUUGCAUGAUUCCAGUCUUGUGGGAUUGAAAGCACGCAGCCACCAACCAUGGCUCAAACCAUGCACGCUAACGGCAAUGACACAGAAAGAAAAGAAAGAAGUGCCAGACCAGAGGAUGAAAAGGAGUCCUUGGCCCCUUAUUACCUGGAAACCCCUUACGGUUAUCAGUUAGAUCUGGACUUCCUGAAGUAUGUGGAUGAAAUUGAGCGGGGCGACACUUUAAAAAAACUGAACAUACAGAGGAAGUCUAAAUUGUCGGUGAGUCAGGCAGGCACCGGGGGGGCGUGCACGCAGGCCAGAUGCAUGUCCACAGACUCCUUGUCCUCCUCUAACAGCGACGAGAGGGUGCAGUCUCCGGUGUUCUUCACCUUCCCGACACCGGCCGCUCCGCAACCCCCCCUCACACUAACCCCCAACCGAACUCCUGCCCCUGGCAGGGCAGCCCCGGCCUAUGAAGUCCCACCCCAGACAUAUCUGACCGUCUCGGACCCCAAGCAGCAGCUGCUGCUGCCUCCCUCCCCCAGAGUGCCCCCGCGCCACAACCUCCAGGUGGAAAAGACCCUCAUGGAGACGCGACGGCGACUGGAACAGGAGCGUGUUCUCAUGCAGCCCCCUGGGGAAUUCCACACUCCCCGCCGCAGGUUGGCCAGUUUUGGGGGGCUGGGCUCAAACAGUUCCCUUUCCUCCUUUUCUGGGUCUCUGGGCCCCAGUCAUACUUCCCUCAGCUGUCAUGCCUUUUUGCCCAAUGGCCAGCCGGUCAACGGAGAGUACAACCCCUACACCCCGUCCGUGGGAAGCUCUAUCCGUCAAAGCCCCAUGAACUCCGGCAUGACCACGCCGGUUACCAAUGUCAGUCCGCUACACCUGCAGCACAUUCGCGAGCAGAUGGUCGUGGCCUUAAAUCGGCUAAAGGAGCUGGAGGAGCAAGUCAAGACGAUCCCCGUCCUGCGGGUGAAGAUCUCGGUGUUACAGGAGGAGAAGAGGCAACUGACCGCCCAGGCCAAGAACCCGGGCCUCGCCGGCGGCUUCCGCAAGCGCUCCUACAGCGUGGGGAGCGCCGACCAGCUGGAGGCCUCGGCCCUCAUCGCGAAGGAACCGGAGCUCUGCAUCGUGGAACCUGAGAUCGUGGAGCAAAACCCUCUGAUGCUGAAGGAGUUCCGCUUCCUGGCUGCUGAGGUCCAGGCUCUGGAGAAGAAGACUUUGGACAACAGCGUGCCUGGGCGAGGGACAGAAGAUGCCACCGUCACCCAGACUCGGGAUAGCCGGCCAUCCCUUGCCGUAGACGCUGACGAAAACAUGAAUAACGUCAUAGUCCCUCAAAGGAAAUUGCCUUCACCCGUGAAAUGUUCGACCCGGGACGUUGGUGUGGCAACCGAGCACCAGGAAAGUCAGAAUGCGGGGGUGGGCGUGACCGAGGCCAUGCUGGGUAUGACAAAUGAGGCGGAGGCAGAGAUCGAGCUACAGCACCAGACCAUCGAAGGCCUGAAGGACAAGAUCUACCUCCUGGAGGUGCAGCUGAAGGAGACCACACACCAGAUGGAAAUGGGAAAGCUCAAGCUGGAGCUCCAGGCUGCCGGUGGCACCAACAGGAAGAAGGCAGAUAAAGGUUGCACGGCCAGACCCGAAACCUACAGCACGGCUGUGGAGGCGAAGAUUCAAACUCACUCCCAAGGUGUGGGCAACCAUGUGGAACUCAUCCACUCCAGCACAAAUAACAGUCCCCAAACAAACACAGUAGGAGUAUCUUGCCAACCCCAUACGUGUAGCGCUGCCGUGGGUCCAGACAUCCCAAUGGAGAGAUGGGUGGUGCAUGACAGAGCAGAGCUCCAAGACCAGUGUGUGGGCAGGCAGGUGGAGACCUGCCACAAGGGAGUCGGGGCGGAGCUGAGCCAGGUCGAAGGGAACACUGACCUUUCGGUGGGCGGCUUGGAACUCCAUGAAGCCAAUGUAACGAAGGAGUCAAGGUCAAUUGGCUGUGGAGAGUGUACUGUCGAUGUCACCGUCAGCCCCAUCAAAGAGCUGUUGUCUCGCGGAACCGGCCCAGACCGAGUGAACAGAGUAGAUCUGGGUGUCAUGGUCACCCCCGAAACAACGUCAAAACACACAAACACAGGUGUAGAAGUCGUGAGUCAGUCCACCAACACUGUAUCUGCGCUCCUCGCAGACUCCUUUACCAACACAGUAUUGCACACUUGUGAGAAACACACGAGCACUGCCCUGGCCGAGACCAGAACUGUUGCCGUCGGGGAAGGGCUUGUGAUAGACCCUCCGAACAUACCAAAGACCCAUUCUGUUUCCGUGGGAACCACUGCCGAGUUGGAGCCUACCCUCCCGCCGUCAUCCACUGCCACGACUAAAGACCAGGGGGUGGGGUCAAUCAGUGUUCACCAGAACUUUCUGGUUGGAUUAAAAAUCAGGAGCAUAUCCUGCGGCCCAUCUCAUCCAGAAGAAACUAGUCAGAGGGGUGACAGCAGUCAUGCUGUGCCCCUGCAGGUCCAGGCAGAGGGCAGUGGUGGGCUGGACCACUACAUUGAGAGGGUGCAGAAGCUACUGCAGGAGCAGCAGAUGUUGCUGGCUGAGAACUACACCGAGCUGGCAGAUGCCUUUGGUCAGCCCCACUCCCAGUUUGGGUCCAUCAACAGCCAGCUGGUCAACACCCUCACCUCCAUCAACUCGGUCAUGAAGUGCGGUAGCGUCGAGGAGCUUCGUAGUGGCGUGGAUAUCCUGCAAGUGCAGUCCGAAUCCACAGCUACCAACAAAGACGAAAGUCAGACGAUCUCUGAAGUCUGCUCCCAGUCUGCCACCGUGUCUUUUGUGGUGAGCGACCCCAAGCCCCCUGCGCAGCAGCCCUGCACAGCUGAGCAGAAGAGCCGCAUGGACCUGCAACUGUCCACCGCCCUGCACGGGCAGCCAUUCAGUCAGAACACCCUGAAAUCCAUAAUGAAAAAGAAAGAUGGCCGCCAGGGUUCCAACAGCACCAAAAAGAACCUGCAGUUUGUUGGCGUCAAUGGAGGGUAUGAAAGUACAUCGAGUGACGAUUCCAGUUCGGAUGAAAGUAGCUCUUCUGGAUCCGAGGAUGAAGAGGAAGAGAAGGAGAAGGUGUCAGGGGGAGAGGAGAGCUUUGGAAACAUGGAGGGAAAUAUAAACGAGGUGUUAGUGGAAGUGGAAAGGAGAGAAGAGGAUGGGCGCUCUGAGAAGCCUGAAGUGAGAGAGAGGUUUGAACUGAGUGAAAAGAUGUUGGCUGCGUGCACCAUGCUGAAAACACACCUGGACGACCCCAAGGCUACGCCCAGUAAAGAUAUAAGAGCUUGUCUCAACACGGUGCAAAACGAGUGGUUCCGCGUGUCCAGCCAGAAACUGGCGCUUCCUGCCAUGGUGGAGGACUACCUGGAGGCUUUCGCCGUCCUCUCCCCCACCGUGCUGCGGCACGUGGUCAACAUGGCCGACGGCAACGGCAACACGGCGCUGCACUACAGCGUCUCCCACUCCAACUUUGACAUCGUCAAGAAGCUGCUGUGCGCAGGCGUGUGUGACGUGAAUCACCAGAACAAGGCGGGCUACACCCCCAUCAUGCUGGCGGCUCUGGCGGCGGUGGAGUCGCCCAAGGACAUGCGCAUCGUGGAGGAGCUCCUCAGCAACGGGGACGUCAACGCCCGCGCCAGCCAGGCGGGCCAGACCGGGCUGAUGCUGGCGGUCAGCCACGGCCGGAUGGACAUGGUGCUGGCCCUGCUGGCUCAGGGCGCGGAGGUCAACAUCCAGGACGACGAAGGCUCCACGGCGCUGAUGUGCGCCAGCGAGCACGGCCACGCCGAGAUCGUCAAGCUGCUGUUGGCCCAGCCCGGCUGCGACGCCACCCUCAGAGACAGCGAUGAGAGUGAUGCCCUGUCCAUUGCUCUGGAAGCAGGACACAAGGACAUCGCAAUGCUGUUGUACGCUCACGUCAACUUCUCCAAAGCCCAAUCACCGGGGACCCCUCGUCUGAACAGAAAGACUUCCCCGAGUCCUACCAGGCGGGGCAUGUUUGAUUAAGAGCACUUCCUCCUUCCACAGUCCCAGCUCUGCGAGUGGAACUGUGUUGGUUGUUGUGUAAGGACAAUAUACCCACAAUCCCUGUGCACUAAAGUUGUACAAUCCUCAAACAACCAACCAACUAACUAAUCAGCCAUUUUGGGAAUCAUGCAUGUUGAAUCUUAGAAUGAAAGCCUGUCAUUUACAAUUGCUUUACUACACUAUGGGGUUGAAUAUUAUUCUUUAUCUACCGUUUUUCAACUAAUUGCAGAUUAGGGAUUUCUCAAAGGAUGAGAGAAGUUAAUGUUUCAAUUCUUGAGUAUUCUUAAGUGCACAUAUAAUGUUUACCUCAUUAAUUGGUUUGGUAUCAUGUACUUUGUAUUCUACAAGCUUGAUUGACAACACCAAUGUUUAAUUGCAUAUCUUUAUCUAGAUUGGAUUAUGAAAUCUACUUUUAUACAAAUCUUUAGAAUAUAUUUAAAAAUAUAAUUAUUUUGAAUAUAUCCUUCUUAAUAAUACAUGAGGUUAUAUAUUUAUCAAUGAAUAGUUUUCUCUGCAAAUAUAAGUGUAUUUUAUUGUAAUGUCUUUAAAUAAUUAGAGAUGGAAGAUUUCCUGCUUUCUGUCGGUUGGGGUAUUGAAGUGUUCUCUGCUACUGUACAACACUACAUUCAUCUUUAAUUUAAAUUACAUGACCUAUGUGCCUAACGUGCCUUGCUAUAAUAAUAAACUUAUAUAUUAAGUUUAUCAAAUAUAUUGGUUGUUCUCAGUCUGUCAAAGCAUAGUCCUCCAUUUAUUUCUAAUAGCUACUUGCAUAUUGACAAGAAAUUUACCAAAGACUAGUUUGUCGUCUCAGUUAAAACAUUUAUGGUACAGUAUUGGCAGAUAUUGAUUUGCCUUUAUUUUCAGUAGAAUGCCCACAAAUAUAUCUUGGACGAGCCCAGUAGAUGCCACAGUUGAAUGCCUUUGAUAAUAUUUUUUUAUUGGCAGGACAACAUUCAACUUUGCAAUACCCCAUAUAUGAUUCCACAUCAGAGGUGCCAUAAUGUUAUAUGUCAGGAUAGCAAUGACCAUGGGUACUGUUGGAAAGUGUCAACAUGAGUGAAUCUCAGUUUCAAAGGUCUGUAUAGCUUUAUUUACAGUAUAUGUAACUUUAUUGAAACUGCUGAAGAACCACGAGGAAUGUAACAGCCUUUGUUAUACUGCUAAGUUAUGGGUAUGCUUUUAUUUUUGAGGUAGCUCACCAAUAUUACCAACUUUUUACUACAUCAAUACGAUUCGGAAUCCCAAUCUUUGUUUUUAGUUAGUCUUAUAGUGUCUAAUGAUGGUCCUUGGCACUGUGUCAAUCCGAGCCUGUUUAAUCCUAAUCGUCUCCAGAUGAAUGGUUUUGCCUGUCCAAUUGGUAUACUAUUUCUUGGCUGUAGGGUUUGGCUUUGCUUUUGGACUAAACAAUAGUUAGCUAUUCAUCAAAUGUGCUGAUCUACUAGUGUGAUGUAUAAUAUAUUUGUUAAAAAGUAUUUAUGAAAUGUUUAUUUUCUCCCUGGUUUGUCAGCUUUGAUCUGAUGUUGAAGGUAGAUUUUCUGUUAACUAACUCCCUCUGCUGGUGUAGUAGUGUUUUAUACCCACCAUGCAAUUCUUCAGUGCUGUUCUAUACUGCAGUGAUCUUCAACCCUGGUCCUCAGGGCCCACUGUCCUAUAUGUUCUCGAUGUUUCCCUGCUCCAACACAUCGAUGAUUCAAAUGAAUGGUUGUUAUCAGGCUUCUGCAGAGCUGGUGUAUUGGAGCACGGAGACGUCUAAAACUUACAGGACGGUGGGCCCUAAGGACCAGUGUUAAAGACCACUGCUACGGUAUACUGUAAAUUGCAUUCCUAAAAUGAACUUAACAACUGUUGAGAAGUGCUGCUUUGCUGACCAUCUUCAUUCACCUACAACUGAGAAAUUAUAACAUGGGGUCUUUUAUUAUGAAAAAUUACUGCUUUGUCAUAUGUCAUGUGCAUCUUUUCCAAUGUGUGAAAUGACUGAAGUGUGAAGUGUCUGAAGUAGGUUUUGUGCAUCUGACAAAUUUUCUGGAUCACAUUUUUUUAAUUAAAUGGUUGUUGUAUCGAUGUCUCUUAAAUGUGAGAUUAUAGAAUGUUGUACAUAAAGUAGGCUAUAAUUCUGUCAGUUUUCAUGCAGUUUUAGUUUAAAAUAUGAAACAAUGCACUGCAAUAAAUACAUGUUAAAACUAUAUUAAAUAUUUCACAAUC